UAUGGGUAGAAUGAUAAGCUUGAAUGGUUCUAAUUAUCAUCUAUGGAAAGGCAAGAUGGAAGAUUUGCUUUUCGUGAAGGAAUUUCAUGUUCCUGUCUUUGAGGAGAAGAAACCUGAAGAUAAGACUGAUGAUCAGUGGAAAUUGCAGCAUCGCCAAGUGUGUGGUUUGAUAAGGCAAUGGGUAGAUGAUAAUGUGUUGAAUCAUAUUGAAAAUGAGACUAAUGCUCGUUUUUUAUGGUUGAAGCUGGAGCAACUAUUUGCUCGAAAGACCGGAAAUAAUAAGAUGUACAUGAUCAAGAAGUUGAUUGAGUUGAGGUAUCAGGAGAGAACUCCGAUGACUGAUCACUUAAAUGUGUUUCAGCGGCUGCUUAAUAAACUUUCUGAUAUGGGAGUCAAGUUUGAGGAUGAGAUUCACGGUUUGUGGCUUCUUGGUACAUUACCAUAUUCUUGGGAGGUGUUUAGGAUGUCUCUUUGUAACUCCGUGUCGAAUGGUGCUAUUUCGAUGGAUGUAGUGAAGAAUAGUGUCUUGAAUGAGGAAACUAGAAGAUAGUCUAAUGCUAGUUCCUCGCGUUCAGAUGUGUUGGUUACUGAGUCAAGGGGGAGGAGUACAUUUAGAGAGCCCAAGAAUGAUAAGAACAGGAGCAGGAGCAGGAGCAAAUCUAAUAAAUUUGCUAAUAUGGAGUGUCACUACUGUCACAAGAAAGGACACUUGAAGAAAGAUUGCUGGAAGUUGAAAAGAGAUAACAAGCAGCAAGGGAAGCAAGAAGAAGUAGAUCGAGUGAUCUAUUGCGGACAUACCACCAAGGAUCUUCCACUUACUUGGAUCCAACCGAGUUCUGUUCCUAGAUGCGUGUCGUCACAACUCAAGGAUUUUGAGUGGAAUGGAUAUGUAGGGAGAGAAGAAGAGGAACAGGUCUUGACAUACGUCUUAGCAAACUCCAACUGUUUAAAGCUUGCAACAAUCACUCUGAGUUUACUCACCUGCGAGUUUGAAUCCGACUUCGAGCUUGCAAAGAAGAUGACGAUGGAUCGGUUGAAAGACAUUCCUAGGGUUUUAACAGAAUCCCAGCUUAUCACUACAAGAAAUUGAAAUAUUUAUAGCAGAUUAAUAUAGCGUUUAAGACCUUUAUGCUAUAAUUGAUAUAUCUCAUAGUUUUAGAUGGCGUUAGCCAAAAUGCAAACGCUAUGUAUGGUUGGUCAGGUUUUAAUGUUGGA